GAUUUUUUUUAAACAGGAGUUCAGAGUACUUUUAACACAACAUGUUUUACAUUUUUGUUAUCUAUAUAAUAUUUCACACAGAAUUUCAAAUAUGGACAGAAGAAACCAGACUAGCGUCUAUGAAUUCCUCCUCCUGGGACUCUCUGAGCAUCAAGAACAGCAGCCUCUCCUGUUUGGGCUCUUCCUGGGCAUGUACCUGGUCACUGUGGUGGGAAACCUGGUCAUCAUCCUGGUCAUUGGCUUUGAUAUGCACCUCCAUACCCCCAUGUACCUCUUCCUGGCCAACCUCUCCAUUUCUGACAUUGGUUUCAUCUCUACAAUAAUCCCCGAGAUGCUAGAUAAUAUUUGCUCAGGAAGUAAAUUGAUUUCUUAUGGUGGAUGCCUGACACAGCUCUAUUUCUUUGGCUUAUUUGCAGAUCUGGACAACUUUCUCCUGGCUGUGAUGGCACUUGAUCGUUAUGUGGCCAUCAGCCACCCCCUCCACUAUGCCAUGAUCAUGAAUUCCCAACGUUGUGUCCUGUUGGUGGCUGGGUCUUGGGUGGUUAUUACCUUCCAUGCCCUGGUGCAUGCAUGCCUUGUGACCAGGCUUUCUUUCUGUGGCCCCAAUAUUAUUCCCCACUUCUUCUGUGAUCUGGUUCCUGUCCUGAAGCUGGCCUGCUCCAGUACUUAUGUCAAUGACCUGGUGCUCAUCCUUGUGGCAGGAACAUUGCUUAUUGGACCCUUUGUCUGCAUCCUUACAUCUUACUUUUACAUUGUACUGGCAAUCCUGAGAAUUGAUUCUCCAAAGGGUAAGCAAAGGGCCUUCUCCAUCUGCACUUCUCACCUCUCUGUAGUUUCUCUGUUCUACACAACAGCUAUUGGGGUCUAUUUAUAUCCUCCAACACCCUAUUCAGGUGGGAAGGAGAGAGUCUUCUCAAUAAUGUAUACAACGGUAACCCCCAUGCUGAACCCCUUUAUCUACAGCUUGAGAAACAGAGAUAUGAAGGGGGCAUUGGGGAAACUACUCAGAAUAAAAACAUUCUAACACUCUUCUCUCAGGACUUUAUGGUCCUGACUUCGAGACUCGGAGAUAACAAUUGAAAAUUGGUCUCCUGAGAGCUCUAUCACUGUAGUUUCUUUUUUCUCAUGUUUACAUUUCAAACUAUGGGCUGACAUCUGAGGACAGGGAGAGGACUUCUAACCUCUAAUAAUUUUUGUAAAGUUCCUGUGCUCUGAAUA